AAACAAAAAAAGAAAAGAAAAGGUAAGUUACCUUUUUCCUUCCAGGAGAACGCAUCCUCUGACCUUCCUAAACAAACCCUCCGAUUGAAUGGAAUUUUGACGUUUUCGUUGGCUUUCAGAGAAGUUUCUGAUAUUAAACCAAACCAGGAUACAAAGCACCGCACCAAAUGUAACUAUCAUGAUCCUGUAAUCCUUCUUCUUCUCUCUCUGAGUACUCGAUCUAUAUUUCUCUGAUAUUCCCAAGAAAAAUGCACCGUUCUUCUAGCGCGAGUCGAGUCUCAGAGUUGCUCGCAUAUUCAUCAUCGUCAUCAUUGUCAUCAUCAUCAUCUUCAUCUUCUUCGGCAUCUCAGAGUUUCAGACCGAGCUCGGAUUCCGACCAAUUGCCAACCUACAAUCCCCAAUCCCAUGUAGCCAAGAAAGAGAUAAGUCGUCUCAGAUCUGCAGAGACUGCUGUCCAUUUCAUCCCCAUUUUGCUGGUCCUCUGUGCCAUCGUCCUCUGGUGCUUCUCUAACCCAGUGACAUUGUCUGAUUAAUGGAGUGGAUUACAAAGAAGUUGAUUGCUUGGACAUAUUCAUACUGCACAAGUAAUGAAUUUUCUAAUAUGAGUAGAUUGAAUUUGAAGGCAAGUUAACUUCUUAUUAUAAUUUUGGAAUAUUUUGGUUGGUAAGAUGCCACACAAGCAAGCUCUUCUUGGUGAAGUGCUUUUGUCAACUAGCUGCCGGAUCUAAACCAUUUUGUUCCUUUUAAUUGUCCUUUAUGCUAAUGUGAAACUGAUAACUGUCUGUUUGUUAAAGAAUUGAAAUUAAAGAUGGUUUCCAUCUUCAAUGGAAUCGAAUGUGUAAUGGCUUCUUACAGUUACCGAUUACUGUCACAUUCUAUACUUGAUGUACUUUGUGGGAAUCUAUUUUGGGGUAAAUUGUUACUCAUUAUUUUCUAGUUUUUGUGCUGCAAGUUUUUUCUAUUUAUGUGGGUGAGGGUGCAUGCUUGUAUGUCUGUGAUGUGUAUGCACGCGUGCAAGAGAGCAUAGUUGUUAAAGGCUCAAGGCGCACUAAGGCACCAAAGGCUUUGUGGAGCCUAUACGCAAGGCGCAAUAUAAGACGCGACCCUUAUCGAAGUAAGGCGCGUGUGUAAUAAUAUUGCAUAUUAAAAUAUAUAUUAUUAUUAUAUAUUCAGAAUUAAGCACUAAUUGCACUUAAUGUAUGUAGUGAACCAUAAAUUUAUGAAUUUUGUCAAAUAUUUCAUGAGGUUAGACAAUACGAUAUAUGAUAUAGAACAUUUUAAUUUAGUAGUCAUAUUUUGAGCCCGGAGCCUAGUUAAAAAGUGUGAGUCUGAGGGCUUUAUGCGAGCCUAAUUGAAGGGGUCUGGCGUGUACUAUGCUGAGGCACUUUAGCUGAGCCUUGAUAAGCCUGAUGCUUUUGGAGCCUAGGCGCGCCUUUAACAAUUAUGCAAGAGUGAUAGAGCACUUGUUGAAGUACUUCUCAAAGCAUCUACAUUCUAAAAAAAUUAUACAUUGUCUUGAUGCUGAGAUAAAGAGCUGAAAGCAUUAUAUAGCAUUUAGAAUUUAAUGUUGUUGCUUUCCCAUACUGACAAAUGUGAUUUAUUUUU